AUGGGGAUGCAGCUGACCUCUACUGGUCCUCAGACCCUCCAGAGGGCCCAGGGGGAGAGAAUGACCCUGAUGUGUACAUACACACCUGACCCCUCGGACACUGGAGAGCUGGAUAUUGAGUGGUCAGUGGUCAGCCCAGAUACCACCCAGAAGGACCAACUGCUGUUGUCCUAUGCAGGUGGGAAUAAGUACAUCCAUGGUAACUCUGGUCUAACUAAGGGGCUGGACUUUGCUGCUGGCGACCCUUCCCUGGGUGAUGCGUCCCUCUCCAUCGCUUUCCUGUCACCAGCCCAUUCUGCCACCUACCAGUGUAAAGUCAAGAAGUCACCGGGAGUGGACAUGCAGAAAGUGUCCCUGGUCGUGAUGGUGCGUCCUUCGGUCCCUAAAUGCUGGGUGGAGGGUGGGGAGGCAGUGGGGGAGACUGUCUCCCUGCACUGCAAGUCAUCCGAGGGGUCCUCUCCCCUCAACUACGCAUGGAAGAGAGAAAGAGGAGGUCCCAUCCCACCCUCAGCCACACAGAACCGUGUGACUGGGGAGUUGUUGAUCAGCAAUCACUCUGAGAGCUUUGUGGGGAUUUACAUGUGUGAGGUGACCAAUGCUGUGGGGGACGAGAGGUGCAGAGUCAAACUGACAGCUAACAAACCCCCUAACAGAGCAGGAGUGAUAUCGGGUACUGUGGUAGGUUGUCUACUGCUCAUCAUCAUUCUGGCGAUACUCAUAUGGCUCCUCAUCUACAAGUGUGAUGCAAGGUUCACACGGUAUGAGAAGGAAGUGUCUAACGAUAUCAGGGAGGACGUCCCGGCCCCAGAGAGCCGGCCACACAGCCGAGGCAGCAGCCGGGGUGCAAGCCUCCACCCUGGGGUAGCCUACAGCCAGGUGGGCAUGCAACAGACGGGGCACUCAGAUCGAGAACACACACACAUCCCAUCCAGCAGCACUGGAUACACACCUGUCAAAUAUGACAGCAGAUACGGCUUCGCUGUAUGA